AUGUUGACGGUUCUCCUCGUGGCCAUGGGGAUUCUGGUCUGCACGUGGUAUUACUUCUUUAGAAGAUCGCGAAGGCGUUUGUAUGAGCUGGCCGCCAAAAUUCCAGGUCCGUUUGAUUGGCCGUUGAUUGGAAGCAUUCACAUCGGAAUCGGUCGCGGUCCGACGACUAUCCUGCCGUAUUUCCUGCAAUUCCUGCACGUCGUACCAACGCCCAUGCGGGCCUGGUUUGGUCCGCUUCUGAUAGUGGUGAUCGACAAUCCGGAACACCUUGCGGUGAUCCUCAACUCGCAGGACUGCGUGAAACGAUCGUACGUGUACCGGUUCUUGGGAUUCGAGAAGGGUCUCUUCAAUGCGCCGCCGGAUGUGUGGCGCAAACAGCGCAAGCUGCUGAACCCUUCGUUCUCGAACGCGGUCGUCAAACGGUUUGUGCCCACGUUCAACGCAAAAGCCGACAAACUGGCGGAGAGUUUGCUGGCGCUAGCCGGUACCGGACAGUUCAACAUGGUCGAGAAGGCCGGCGAAUACACCGUCAGCACCACGAUGGUCAACUCGAUUGGGUUGGAUUUGGACGAGGACAACAGUGACUACAAGAAGCGCUACCUGGAGAAUGCCGACAAGAUGCAAACACUCAAGUUCACACGUAUUUACAAGGCGUGGCUACACCCUGACUUUAUCUACAAGCUGACGCCCAGCUAUCGCGAAGAGAUGAAACGAGUUCAGAUGUUCCAGGAAAUGUCACGAAAGACGCUCGAGCUGCGGAAAGCGGACAGGCUGAAGAAAUCCAUCCAAAAGUGCAACAUCUACCGCGAUGAGGACAACGUUCGCCACGUGCCACUGUUCAUAGACCGGCUGGAAGCGAUCGCCUCAGAGUCGGAUUUCUUCGACGAAGAGUGCAUCAUCGAGAAUCUGGACACGGUGAUCUUCGCCAGCAACGACACUUCGGCUUGCGCCAUAUCCACGGCGCUGCUUCUGCUGGCCAUGCAUCCCGAUGUUCAGGAACGGCUCUACCAGGAAGUGAUCGACGCCGCACCAAACGAUUACAUCGAUUACGAAGAUCUCGCCAAGCUGGUCUACCUGGAGAUGGUCAUCAAGGAAUCGAUGCGAAUCCUCCCGGUAGUGCCAGUCUUUGCCCGCGAGUGCGAGAAAGAAAUCCAGGUCGGUCAGUAUACGAUACCAGCCGGUGCCCAGAUCAUGAUCCCGACCAUCAAAGUGCACUGGGAUCGCAAAAUUUGGGGUGAUCACUCGGAAGAAUUCGACCCGGAAAACUUUUCCCCGGAGAACUGUGCCAAGCGGCACCCGUUCGCGUUCCUGCCCUUCACCGGUGGAGUUCGGAGCUGUACCGGCGCCAAGUACGCCUACAUCUCGCUCAAGAUUGUGCUGGCCAAGCUCGUAAAACGGUACCGACUGUCCACCGAGCUGCGGUUGGUCGACCUUAAGUUUCAUGCCUCGAUCGUGAUGCGGAUCGGCAACGGGUACAUGAUCAGCAUAGAACGGAGGGAUGGGAAAAAAGCUUCGUAG